CAUCCCCCUCACGCUUCUCUCGGCCUGCUCCCCAGCACAAGCUCGUCAGAACCGGACCGAGCAGAACCCAAGUGGUUCCUAAACACUGCGACACCAUGUCGAGAAGACGCUGUUUCAUGCGCUGCGAACGGAAACUCCCCUUGUUUGGACUACCGAAGGAAGAGGAGUUGAGGAAGAAAUGGCUGCAAUUCAUUUUCAUCAGUAUUCCCACACAGUUCAACCCGAACCUAUCAUUGUGUUCCCAACAUUUCACCGACGACUGCUUCAUGAACCACACACAGUUCGUAAACGGAUUUUCGCAACGUUUACACAUGAAAUACGGGGCAGUGCCUACUUUGUUUGGUGACCCUGGCAAUCCGGUGCCACAACCUAUCAUCGCACCUUUAGCCAGAUUCCAUGAUGUAGGAUGCCAGACUGACGCUCCACAAACCAUGUCAGUGGGCACGAGGGUUUUGAUACUUCCAAAAAAGGUGACGGUCGGCACACAGCUGGCCUGGGGAACUCUGAAGCACAGGCACGUGAGAAGCAAAGGCAGCCAGACAACAGAGUCCUCUCUCAGAGUUGACAACGAAACGUUUUCCAGUCACCCAGAUUUCCAUUUGCCCUCGACAUCUAUAGAGACACCAGGUUUGAGGCCAAGAAAGAGGCCUCGUCUUGAGUUGGAGUACGAUAUGGAGCAGGAAGAAGAGGAGGAGGAAGAGGAUGUAUGGGACCCUACCAGAGAAGUCAAGAGGGAGCCUAAGGAAGCAAUGUACAGCCCUGUUGGCUCUGUCGUUACAGAGGGAUCCGAAACGCCGCCCACGUACAGCGACUGCAAGUACAUCGUUUUCGAGAGUUGCCUCAAAGAGCUGUUCGACACCUGUCCUGUAUGUAAGAGGAGCUGUGAAGUCCUGCGGCGACGGAUGGGGACGUUCGUGGCAUUCACCCAGCUCUGCCAGAACUGUACUUACUCCAGACGGUGGCAGAGCCAGCCUGUGGUCGGGAGCACCCCCGUUGGAAACCUCCAGAUCUCAGCAGCCACAUAUUUCACCGGGUCAUGCUUCUCCCAACUGGAAAAGAUAUGCAAGGCCAUGCAUCUCCAGAUUUUUCCAUAUGACACCUUCAGGAAGCAUGCUAGGAGUUUCUUGGAGCCUGCUGUUGUCUACAAGUGGAAGGUGGAUCAGCACAAUCUCCUGCAGAAGCUACACCAGGGUGGAAAGGUCGCAGUUGGUGGAGAUAUGCAAACAACGGGGAAAAAGUAUGGCAGCUACACUCUGAUGCACCUGGAGAGCAACCGCAUUGUGGACCUGCAGCUCGUUCAGAGCAAUGAAGUAGGAGGUAGGAUCCACAUGGAGAAGGAGGGGCUGAAGCGCUGCCUGAAUGUUCUGGAGUCUAACUGUUUGCCAGUGGAGUACAUCGUGACAGACCGCCGUCCACAGAUCCAGAAGUUUCUGAGCGAACGCAACAUCACACAGUUCUACGACGUGUGGCACUUUGAGAAAGAUUUAUCCGUGAAACUUAAAAAACUGUCGCAGAGCAAGGACUGUGGGGUGCUGAAGAACUGGCUGCGCAGCAUCAAGAACCACGUCUACUGGACCGCAGUGUCCUCAACUUCAGGGCACGAGAAGGUGGCCAAGUGGACUUCACUGGUGAACCAUGUGCAAAAUGUACACGUGCACAAAGACCCCAUCUUCCCCAAGUGUGAGCAUCCUGUCAAAGUGUCCCGGGAUGAAAGUAAAUAUGUCAAACCAGGUUCAAUUGCACUCAACAAAUUGGAAAAAGUCCUCGUUAACAAGACAGUAGUGGGGGAUGUAGAGAAGCUGAGUCAUCACAACCAGACUGCAUCUCUGGAGGCCUUCCACAGACUCAUCCAGCGCUUCGUGCCGAAGAAUGGGGUUCUCCCUUUCAUGGAGAUGUUGUGCAGGUUGUACUUAGCAGUCAUGCAUUUUAAUGAAAAUGCAAACCGUGAAGUGGUCUACAAGGUCGUGAUCCUCGAGGACUUCAAGGGUGAAUGCAUCACCAAGCCAGUGAAAACAGAGCCAACACACAAUUACGUGGAUGACCUGAUGAGGCUGGUGUUUGAUGAGGUGCUGGAGGACCCAACUCCUUUUGUGGAGGAGUUAAAGACCAUCCCCAUCCCCGGGGAGCGCUCCUCGCAGCAGGAGAGGCCUUCGAACCGUGAAGAGGUUCCUCACAACGUCUCGAGCCAAGUGAUGUUAGGAAGCCAGCAUACUAACCUGCUGGUGCAGCAAACCCCCGGAGUAUCGGGAAUACAACCCUGGUUUAUCAUCCUGAACGCCCCCAGCUGACAGGGCUGCAGAUGAAGAGAUGAGACACUUUGAGCUGCACAGAUACAACCGUCUCUUCUUUGUUGAUAUGUAUAUAUAGCUGCUGAUUUACACACGUUUAAAACACUUAAACAAAAAUAAAUUCACUUUGAGAGAAAAGUAAUUUAUCUUUCUGAGUUUCUUGGCUUAGUUAUUUGCGUCCUAUGGUAUAAUAAACAUACAAGUUCAGAUUUGUUUUAACGGUUGACUCUCAUAACACUUCCUGUUAUUCAUCUUGAUGCCUUAUAAAAGGCAAGCGCUAAUUAACAUUAAAUGUUGUUUAAGUGUUUGAAGUUUGCUGGUGUAACAACCAAAUGGAGAUUUUCGUUUAAAUUCUAUAAACUACUGACCACAUUUCUCUGUGUUGGAAUUCAACAGACACUGGAAUGGAAUGGCUGCCAUACAGGUAGAGAUUGAGAUUUAAGAACAAUUUGGAUUUUUUUCCAGAGCUGUACAUCUUUAUUACAAGCAUACUCCAACAUGUUAUUGUCAUGUCAUUUACCAAAGUACAGUUUUUCCUCUAGGCAACACGUGACCUAUAUUUGUUAUUGUCGGCACGGUUGGUUAAAUGUUUAAAGCAUAUAGAAAAUGUGUACUGCUAGUGCUGCCAUUUUAAAGAGAAAGUAAUUAAAGCUGUGUAAAUAGAUGUUUGGCCACAUGGGGGCAGCAGAACAAGCUGUUGGCACUAGACUGAAAUAUGAUCUUCUAAAGCAAAUAGCUUGUGUUGCUAUCAUAGACUGUAUAUAUAAAGGUUGCUAUUCACUUGUGAAGCCACAAUGAGACAACAUUUUUUAUUUGGAGGCAUAUUUGUAUUCAAUUUAAAAACUCCUUUUAGCUCUGUUUUGGUCUCCACCAAUACCAGAGGGAAAUAUAUCAGUCUUUAACUGUUCAAUUCUCCACCAUGCCAACAACUAGCAAGUCCCUUACCUCUUUACUCUAGCUGGCAGCAAGUAGUUGUGGAUUAGGCCUAAAUAUAUAAUAUAAAUAGCAGUUUCUAAACAUGUUAUAAAAAAACAAACGGCUAAACAAGAUGAUAAUAAAUAAGUUAUUGUUGCAGCUUUAUGCCAUUAUAUGAUGGUCUGGUUUUAGCUCUAACCUAUGGUGGCUGUUAGGGGUCACAGCUGAGACCAGAGGGUUUGAUGUCCGGGGAUUAUAUGAUGAUACAAUGGCCCACUGUCACUGGGAACGUAUCUCAAAUUGAAGUUUUAUUGGCUUAUUUUAACAAUGUGAUCGUUUUUUUCCUUCCGAUCUGAUAAUCUAGUUUAGCUAGGUUAGCUAUCCCUGAAUGUCAACAGGUGCUCCGGUCCCAUCUGUGUGCAUCACUUUUUAGUGUUUCCGUUCCGUUGUGAUGUAUUAGUUUUGUAUAUUUUUCUUUAUUCAAAGGUUGGGCAUUAUGAGGGUUGUUCCAAUGUUUCCCAGUUAAUGAGAGAAUAAAAAACACAAUAUUUGA